AUGUGUUUUACUAUCAAUCUGCUACUGUCCUUCUCUGCAGCCCUGUGCUCCCCGGGAAGGCCUCCCAAUGAGUGCCGACUGUCUCCCUAUACAGACAGUGUUGAACACUGCAAAUAUGAUACAGUUCAAGAAUUUCUGGGUCUGCUCUCUAGACUCUCGGAUCUCUUGCUGUGCAGAUGGACUUGUAGAAAUUGUUGUCAGAAGUGUUUUGACUGUAGCUGUUGUCAGUCGAGCGAAGAUGAAGUUGAAAUCCUGGGACCUUUUCCUGCACAGACGCCAGCCUGGCUGAUAAGCAAUCAAAAUGAGGACAAAGACGGAGACUCUGAUAACACAACCAGCGAGCCACCUCCAACUCCUCAAGACUCUUCUCCUGACAGAAGGCGAUCAUCUUCAGAUACAUCACGGUCCACUUACAGCCUCACAAGGCGGAUUUCAAGUCUAGAAUCAAGAAGGCCAAGUUCUCCACUAAUUGACAUUAAACCUAUUGAGUUUGGAAUCAUAGGAGCUAAAAAAGAAAUAGUUCAGCCAACUAUCUUGAGAAAAACAUAUACCCCAGAUGACUAUUUUAGAAAAUUCGAACCAAGACUCUACUCUCUUGACUCUAAUAGUGAUGACAUGGACUCCUUGACAGACGAGGAAAUCUUAUCGAAGUAUCAACUGGGCAUGCUGCAUUUUAGCACACAGUAUGAUCUGUUGCAUAAUUAUCUAAUAGUGAGGGUAAUUGAGGCUAGAGAUCUGCCUCCUCCAAUUUCAUAUGAUGGUUCAAGACAAGAUAUGGCUCAUUCCAACCCUUAUGUCAAGAUCUGCCUCCUUCCAGAUCAGAAGAACUCCAAGCAGACAGGAGUAAAACGCAAAACCCAGAACCCAGUGUUUGAGGAGAGAUACACCUUUGAAAUCCCAUUUUUAGAAGCCCAAAGAAGAACUCUACUUUUAACCAUAGUGGAUUUUGACAAAUUCUCACGCCACUGUGUCAUAGGCAAAGUGUCAAUGCCAUUAAGUGAAGUUGACCUUGUGAAGGGUGGACAUUGGUGGAAGGCCCUUGUUCCCAGUUCGCAGAAUGAAGUCGAGUUGGGAGAGCUGCUGCUAUCACUAAAUUACCUUCCCAGUGCAGGACGACUGAACGUAGACAUUAUUCGAGCGAAACAACUUCUUCAGACAGAUAUGAGCCAAGGUUCAGAUCCCUUUGUGAAAAUCCAGCUGGUUCAUGGAUUAAAAUUAGCCAAAACCAAGAAAACCUCUUGCAUGAAGGGUACAAUAGAUCCUUUCUACAACGAGUCCUUCAGUUUCAAGGUUCCACAAGAAGAACUGGAAAAUGCCAGCUUAGUAUUUACAGUUUAUGGCCACAACGUGAAAAGCAGCAAUGACUUUGUUGGAAGGAUUGUGAUCGGUCAGUAUUCGACAGGUUCACCAGAGUCAAACCAUUGGCGUCGAAUGCUCAAUUCCCAUCGAACAGCCGUGGAGCAAUGGCACAGCCUGCGGUCCAGGGCUGAGUGUGAUCGUGUCUCUCCAGCAUCUCUUGAGGUGACGUGA